ACUGAUUAAUGCAGCCCCUCACCGCCCAUCGCACACCAUGGUGAGCUGCCCCUCACCUGUACCUAACCUGCCUCGGCAACAUUGACCAAGAUCCGAUCACCUAAUACACAACAUCUCGAAGGACAUCGGGAAGAACAUCGCAACGCUGCAUCCGCAACCAAUUCCCGAAGAACAAGACACCCCAGAUGACAAUACACAAUGCUUGUUUUACAGGAUGUGAUGCAGUUUGUAGUCCUGAGCGACCAGCCGCGCCUGCCAUCGUGAAACAGAAGAAUCACCUUUGCCAGGUUUCUUAGGUUAUCUGAGGUGAAGAAGAAUGUCGAGACCGACAAGAUCACUCCUUAAGUCUAUGGCCUUACUCGACACCGUGGACCGUUGGGUUUUGUGACCCAAAUCCAACGGAGUAGCAGGGCGCCAUGCCGCCAAUGUCGCUGCCGAUUCUACUUCUACUCGUUUGGCUUCUACCUAGUUUCUCAACCUUUUCGAAUCUUGCGGCGGCUUUUGGCACCAUCAACGAACCCAUACUUCUCGGCCAGCACAAUGAACACGAGAUGAUAACCCGCAUAGCAUUCCGGUGCCCGAGCGGUCAGAAGUCAGAUGGCAUAUGCUUCGAGCCGCGGUCGCUGGAUCAGCUCGCUGGCUAUCACAUCGACUUCAUGGGCUUGCCUAUUCCCGGAGCGGGCUUCAACGGCGCUGUCGGCUCGCCCGACACCUUGGACCCGAUCCCCGAGGGACCUGAAGCUCACUGUGAUGAUGCCGACUACCUGGACAUUCCCGGAUACCCCCAGACACGAGCCGAGGCGACCGCUAAGCUGCAGGUCUGCAUCGAUCACCUCCGAGAGCGCUUCCACCAGGCCUGGAAGGCGGCAGGGCAGUUGCUCGACGAGACCAGGACCAUUCGCCCGGAAAUGGUUGAGCUAUCAGGCCCGUUCGGCGACUGCGCCUUUGCCUUUCCGGCUUUGCAGAAUGAUGCCUUCGGGAGAGCGAAAUGCAGCGCGCUCGAAGCAUUUGGACGGGCCUUGCACGGAAUCCAAGACUUUUACUCUCACAGCAACUGGGUCGACAGCGCUGACCCGAGCCAGCCCAUCAGCGAGUCAAACCCUCCAGGGCUGGGCAUGAACGGUACAGCACCGUUCCUGGACAUGCGUGCCACUGGCUUAAUACCGCCCGAGCAAAUACCGCACAACCUGACCACGGGUUGUUUCGCUUUGCCAGACACCUCUCCAGGAUCGGGUGAUUGCGCUGGACGCAUAACACAUCGGGCGCUUAGCAAAGACAAUGGCCUCAUCUACCCAGAUGGUACCAUCGGCGAAGUUGGGCCCAACUCUCCUCGGGGCGAGGCUGUCCCGAGCAACUUCCAUCUCGCCGUCCAGGCGGCCAUCCAGAGUUCACGCGAUGCCUGGGCCAGUCUGCAAGACGAGAUACGCCACCAAUAUGGCCCUCUUAGAGGCAAUCUCAUGCUCUGCGCUCUGGUCCGCGACGACCCCGUCAACGACUGCAUCCUUGGCGACUCCGCCCUCGAAAAGAGUCUAAUACCUUACACUGCCGAAUUUUUAGCCGUUGCGAAAUAUGACACACAGGAUUCUCUGGACACAAUACCGCCGGGCGGCAUGACAUGCGGACUGCAGAAGCAGAACGAUUUUGAGUAUUGAACAUCGAUAGACUACGUCUUUGAUAUUGCCUUUUCUAGACAUGCGAGGCAAUGAAAUUAUACGCCCGGAGAACGGCUUUCCACCCGUCCGAUUUAGGAUCACUGCUCAGGUCACAGAUGUGCGGAGCCCCAUCAAGCAGCACCAACUCUGUGGCGAGGCCCUGCUCGGCCAUGGCUCGAUGGGACCGCUGAGUCUGCUCCCAGGGGAUCAAAUCAUCAGCCGUGCCGUGGAUGAAGAAGGUCGGUACGCGGUAGCUCCCAUCCUGGAUAUGAGCAAGCGGACUAGCAGCCCUGAUGGUUUCGAGGGACGGCU